ACCAAUCAGCCGGCGGCAAACUUGAAUUGUCAAGCAAUCAAAUCUUGUCAGGACUUGUCGCAUGUGUGUAUAUUGACAUUUCAUACGAAUUGUUUGUAAAACAUUUUGAAUACACGAUCAACUAUACGACAAAUAUGUGGGCAUGAAAGCUAAAAGAUAACUCGUGCUUCAUAAGAUAAUAUACAGUCUGAGGAGAGGGGCAAACAGGUACAAAGUGUGACAACAAUAUGUCCCAUUUUAAUUUUGAGAAUGAGCUGAACAGUGUGUUGAGGAUGGAUGGACCCAUUACCAAAGGACCAGGCAUGCGUUUUGAGAGGAAGGCUGAGUGUAACCAGUCGGUCAACAGCUCUCUCAACAUCAGUACAACGACGAAAACACCGAUGAAGAAUCUUAACAGAUCAGUCAACAAUCCAAAGACGCCAUCAAAUGCUAAAACACCCAAAUCUUCAAAUCAAGCAAGGACACCGGGAGGAUCAAAAGCUCCAAAAACACCAAGUGGUGGAGACAGAUUCAUUCCAAAUCGUAGUGCUACACAGUUUGAUCUAGGACAUUUUAAAAUCACCACAGACAGUGCUAAUAGUGGGGAAGCAGACAAUUUGUUAAGUCCUUCACAGAAAGAGUACCAGAGAGUAAUGAGUGAGAACUUGAAUGGAACAGACAUUUCUAGCAACAAAAUUAUUUCAUACAAGACCAAGGCACCUAGUGCACCAGAAGGAUAUCAGAACAAUCUACGAGUUCUGUACAGUUCAUGCAAAACACCUGCUAGUUCAGUGAAGAAGACAAUACGUCACAUACCCCAAGUUCCAGAGCGUAUCCUUGAUGCUCCAGACAUCCUUGAUGAUUAUUACCUGAACCUGCUUGACUGGUCAUGUAACAAUCUCCUGGCGGUGUGCCUGGGUGGGAGUGUUUACCUGUGGAACGCCGCCACCGGGGAGAUUGACCAGCUGCUACAGAUGGAGAGUUCCGACCAAUACAUCGGGGCAGUGUCCUGGAUCAAGGAGGGCAACUAUCUGGCGCUGGGAACCAGCAAUGGGGAAGUUCAGUUGUGGGAUGUGGCUGCCAAGAAGCGAUUACGCAAUAUGACAGGUCAUGCCAACAGAGUUGGGGCUUUGUCUUGGAAUUCAUACAUUUUGAGCAGUGGUUCUCGUAGCGGAGCCAUUCACCAUCAUGAUGUGCGUGUGGCUGAGCACCAAGUAGGGACACUUCUUGGCCACACCCAGGAAGUGUGUGGAUUGAAGUGGUCCCCGGACGGGAAGUUCCUGGCCAGUGGAGGCAACGACAAUCUCCUGAACAUCUGGAAUGCCCAGCCGGGCAGCCCCCUCACCAACACCACACCACUGCAUACAUUCUCCCAACACCAAGCUGCUGUCAAAGCAUUGGCUUGGUGUCCCUGGCAGCCCCACCUCCUGGCCAGUGGGGGAGGGACAGCAGACCGACACAUCCGGUUCUGGAACUGUAGCACGGGACAGUGUGUGGACAGUGUAGACACCAAGUCACAGGUGUGUGCUCUGUUAUGGUGUAAGCAUUAUAAAGAACUGAUCUCUAGUCAUGGGUUUGCUCUGAAUCAGCUGACCAUCUGGAAGUACCCCACGAUGACCAAGGUGUCCGAGUUAUCAGGUCACACUGCGCGAGUGUUGCACAUGGCGAUGUCCCCUGACUGUCAGACUGUAGUAUCGGCAGGAGCAGAUGAGACGCUCCGAAUCUGGAAAUGUUUCACACUUGACGAACAAAAGAAGGCUGCCCAGAAAACGGCUGUCACUAAAGACAAAAAGAGUGUGUUCUCCAUGACCUCAAUAAGAUAGUGACGAGUCUCGUACAGGAUUGUGUGUGGUUGUGAGUGUUUUAUAUGAAAGACAUUGUGAAAAGUGAGAGUCAUUAUUUUUUGUGUUCGUUGCGACAACUCUGCAAUAUCAUAUCUGGUAUUACUUUAUUUUGUGUUCGUUUCAUUCUUUGUUCAUGAUUUCUAAAACUAGUAAAUCUUUUAAUAGCUUGUUUUACAAUAUUAAUCAUGAUUCUCAUUGUAAAAUUAUUAAAUACAUGUAUGAUCACAUGUACAUAUAUUAAAAAGGGUGCUUAAUACAUAUAUAAAGUAUUGAAUAAUGAAAACUUGAGAGUUCACUUAUUAUCAACUGGGUUUGUUUGUUGAAUGUGAUAUUUAUUUGAUUACUGAGAUGGGAUUUAUAAGAAUGUUGUCUUGUUAAUGAAAUAAAUAUAUAUUCAACAAAGAAGCCAAAAAAAAAAAAAAAAAGAUUUAUGAAACUAUUUGUGAAUGAAUUAGAAUUCAACGCUAUUAAAGCUUAUUUGUAUAUUUCAUCUAUACCAUAUGCAGUUAGUUUUUACUUUGUAAGAUCAUUACUAUUUACAAAUCAGAUAUUAUUAAAUAUUUUGUUAUUAAUGAGCUAUUACAUGUAUGUCUGCACUGUGGGUCCCCCAUUUUGUUACAGCUGGUGUUUUGUCUGACUGAUUUGAAGACCUCUUUUUGUGGACCUCAAAUUGGGUAUAAUUUGUUUAAGAACAAAAUGUUACAAACAAUUAUGGAGUCAUAUUUAUUAUUAUUAUUAGUGAUCAAUAAAGUUUUGAAAGCAUUCA